UGGUCUGCGGCUGAGAUAUACAGAGCGACAGAGACAUUUAUUGUUAUUUGUUUUUUGGUGGCAAAAAGGGAAAAUGGCGAACGACUCCCCUGCAAAAAGUCUGGUGGACAUCGAUCUCUCCUCCCUGCGGGAUCCUGCUGGGAUUUUUGAGCUGGUGGAAGUGGUUGGAAAUGGCACCUAUGGACAAGUCUAUAAGGGUCGACAUGUUAAAACGGGUCAGUUGGCAGCCAUCAAAGUUAUGGAUGUCACUGAGGAUGAAGAGGAAGAAAUCAAACUGGAGAUAAAUAUGCUAAAGAAAUACUCUCAUCACAGAAACAUUGCAACAUAUUAUGGUGCUUUCAUCAAAAAGAGCCCUCCAGGACAUGAUGACCAACUCUGGCUUGUUAUGGAGUUCUGUGGGGCUGGGUCCAUUACAGACCUUGUGAAGAACACCAAAGGGAACACACUCAAAGAAGACUGGAUCGCUUACAUCUCCAGAGAAAUCCUGAGGGGACUGGCACAUCUUCACAUUCAUCAUGUGAUUCACCGGGAUAUCAAGGGCCAGAAUGUGUUGCUGACUGAGAAUGCAGAGGUGAAACUUGUUGACUUUGGUGUGAGUGCUCAGCUGGACAGGACGGUGGGGCGGAGAAAUACGUUCAUAGGCACUCCCUACUGGAUGGCUCCUGAGGUCAUCGCCUGUGAUGAGAACCCAGAUGCUACCUAUGAUUACAGAAGUGAUCUUUGGUCUUGUGGCAUUACAGCCAUUGAGAUGGCAGAAGGUGCUCCCCCUCUCUGUGACAUGCAUCCAAUGAGAGCACUGUUUCUCAUUCCCAGAAACCCUCCUCCCCGGCUGAAGUCAAAAAAAUGGUCGAAGAAAUUUUUUAGUUUUAUAGAAGGGUGCCUGGUGAAGAAUUACAUGCAGCGGCCCUCUACAGAGCAGCUUUUGAAACAUCCUUUUAUAAGGGAUCAGCCAAAUGAAAGGCAAGUUAGAAUCCAGCUUAAGGAUCAUAUAGAUCGUACCAGGAAGAAGAGAGGCGAGAAAGAUGAAACUGAGUAUGAGUACAGUGGGAGUGAGGAAGAAGAGGAGGAAGUGCCUGAACAGGAGGGAGAGCCAAGUUCCAUUGUGAACGUGCCUGGUGAGUCUACUCUUCGUCGAGAUUUCCUGAGACUGCAGCAGGAGAACAAGGAACGUUCCGAGGCUCUUCGGAGACAACAGUUACUACAGGAGCAACAGCUCCGGGAGCAGGAAGAAUAUAAAAGGCAACUGCUGGCAGAGAGACAGAAGCGGAUUGAGCAGCAGAAAGAACAGAGGCGACGGCUAGAAGAGCAACAAAGGAGAGAGCGUGAAGCUAGAAGGCAGCAGGAACGUGAACAGCGAAGGAGAGAACAAGAAGAAAAGAGGCGUCUAGAGGAGUUGGAGAGAAGGCGCAAAGAAGAAGAGGAGAGGAGACGGGCAGAAGAAGAAAAGAGGAGAGUUGAAAGAGAACAGGAGUAUAUCAGGCGACAGCUAGAAGAGGAGCAGCGGCACUUGGAAGUCCUUCAGCAGCAGCUGCUCCAGGAGCAGGCCAUGUUACUGGAGUGCCGAUGGCGGGAGAUGGAAGAGCACCGGCAGGCAGAGAGGCUCCAGAGGCAGUUGCAACAAGAACAAGCAUAUCUCCUGUCUCUACAGCAUGACCAUAGGAGGCCGCACCCGCAGCACUCGCAGCAGCUGCCACCACCGCAGCAGGAAAGGAGCAAGCCAAGCUUCCAUGCUCCCGAGCCCAAAGCCCACUACGAGCCUGCUGACCGAGCGCGAGAGGUGGAAGAUAGAUUUAGGAAAACUAACCACAGCUCCCCUGAAGCCCAGUCUAAGCAGACAGGCAGAGUAUUGGAGCCACCAGUGCCUUCCCGAUCAGAGUCUUUUUCCAAUGGCAACUCCGAGUCUGUGCAUCCCGCCCUGCAGAGACCAGCGGAGCCACAGGUACAGUGGUCCCACCUGGCAUCUCUCAAGAACAAUGUUUCCCCUGUCUCGCGAUCCCAUUCCUUCAGUGACCCUUCUCCUCCCAAAUUUGCACACCACCAUCUUCGUUCUCAGGACCCAUGUCCACCUUCCCGCAGUGAGGUGCUCAGUCAGAGCUCUGACUCUAAGUCAGAGGCGCCUGACCCUACCCAAAAGGCUUGGUCUAGAUCAGACAGUGACGAGGUGCCUCCAAGGGUUCCUGUGAGAACAACAUCUCGCUCCCCUGUUCUGUCCCGUCGAGAUUCCCCACUGCAGGGCAGUGGGCAGCAGAAUAGCCAGGCAGGACAGAGAAACUCCACCAGUAGUAUUGAGCCCAGGCUUCUGUGGGAGAGAGUGGAGAAGCUGGUGCCCAGACCUGGCAGUGGCAGCUCCUCAGGGUCCAGCAACUCAGGAUCCCAGCCCGGGUCUCACCCUGGGUCUCAGAGUGGCUCCGGGGAACGCUUCAGAGUGAGAUCAUCAUCCAAGUCUGAAGGCUCUCCAUCUCAGCGCCUGGAAAAUGCAGUGAAAAAACCUGAAGAUAAAAAGGAAGUUUUCAGACCCCUCAAGCCUGCUGAUCUGACCGCACUGGCCAAAGAGCUUCGAGCAGUGGAAGAUGUACGGCCACCUCACAAAGUAACGGACUACUCCUCAUCCAGUGAGGAGUCGGGGACGACGGAUGAGGAGGACGACGAUGUGGAGCAGGAAGGGGCUGACGAGUCCACCUCAGGACCAGAGGACACCAGAGCAGCGUCAUCUCUGAAUUUGAGCAAUGGUGAAACGGAAUCUGUGAAAACCAUGAUUGUCCAUGAUGAUGUAGAAAGUGAGCCGGCCAUGACCCCAUCCAAGGAGGGCACUCUAAUCGUCCGCCAGAGUACAGUUGACCAAAAGCGUGCCAGCCAUCAUGAGAGCAAUGGCUUUGCCGGUCGCAUUCACCUCUUGCCAGAUCUCUUACAGCAAAGCCAUUCCUCCUCCACUUCCUCCACCUCCUCUUCCCCAUCCUCCAGCCAGCCGACACCCACCAUGUCCCCACAGACACCCCAGGACAAGCUCACUGCUAAUGAGACUCAGUCCGCUAGUAGCACACUCCAGAAACACAAAUCUUCCUCCUCCUUUACACCUUUUAUAGACCCCAGAUUACUACAGAUUUCUCCAUCUAGCGGAACAACAGUGACUUCUGUGGUGGGAUUUUCCUGUGAUGGGAUGAGACCGGAAGCCAUAAGGCAAGAUCCUACCCGGAAAGGCUCAGUGGUCAAUGUGAAUCCUACCAACACUAGGCCACAGAGUGACACCCCGGAGAUUCGUAAAUACAAGAAAAGGUUUAACUCUGAGAUUCUGUGUGCUGCCUUAUGGGGAGUGAAUUUGCUAGUGGGUACAGAGAGUGGCCUGAUGCUGCUGGACAGAAGUGGCCAAGGGAAGGUCUAUCCUCUGAUCAACCGAAGACGAUUUCAACAAAUGGACGUACUUGAGGGCUUGAAUGUCUUGGUGACAAUAUCUGGCAAAAAGGAUAAGUUACGUGUCUACUAUUUGUCCUGGUUAAGAAAUAAAAUACUUCACAAUGAUCCAGAAGUUGAGAAGAAGCAGGGAUGGACAACCGUAGGGGAUUUGGAAGGAUGUGUACAUUAUAAAGUUGUAAAAUAUGAAAGAAUCAAAUUUCUGGUGAUUGCUUUGAAGAGUUCUGUGGAAGUCUAUGCGUGGGCACCAAAGCCAUAUCACAAAUUUAUGGCCUUUAAGUCAUUUGGAGAAUUGGUACAUAAGCCAUUACUGGUGGAUCUCACUGUUGAGGAAGGCCAGAGGUUGAAAGUGAUCUAUGGAUCCUGUGCUGGAUUCCAUGCUGUUGAUGUGGAUUCAGGAUCAGUCUAUGACAUUUAUCUACCAACACAUGUAAGAAAGAACCCACACUCUAUGAUCCAGUGUAGCAUCAAACCCCAUGCAAUCAUCAUCCUCCCCAAUACAGAUGGAAUGGAGCUUCUGGUGUGCUAUGAAGAUGAGGGGGUUUAUGUAAACACAUAUGGAAGGAUCACCAAGGAUGUAGUUCUACAGUGGGGAGAGAUGCCUACGUCAGUAGCAUAUAUUCGAUCCAAUCAGACAAUGGGCUGGGGAGAGAAGGCCAUAGAGAUCCGAUCUGUGGAAACUGGUCACUUGGAUGGUGUGUUCAUGCACAAAAGGGCUCAAAGACUAAAAUUCUUGUGUGAACGCAAUGACAAGGUGUUCUUUGCCUCUGUUCGGUCUGGUGGCAGCAGUCAGGUUUAUUUCAUGACCUUAGGCAGGACUUCUCUUCUGAGCUGGUAGAAGCAGUGUGAUCCAGGGAUUACUGGCCCCCAGAGUCUUCAAGAUCCUGAGAACUUGGAAUUCCUUGUAACUGGAGCUCGGAGCUGCACCGAGGGCAACCAGGACAGCUGUGUGUGCAGACCUCAUGUGUUGGGUUCUCUCCCCUCCUUCCUGUUCCUCUUAUACCAGUUUAUCCCCGUUCUUUUUUUUUUUUUUCUUACUCCAAAAUAAAUCAAGGCUGCAAUGCUGCAGCUGGUGCUGUUCAGAUUCUACCAUCAGGUGCUAUAAGUGUUUGGGAUUGAGCAUCAUACUGGAAAGCAAACACCUUUCCUCCAGCUCCAGAAUUCCUUGUCUCUGAAUGACUCUGUCUUGUGGGUGUCUGACAGUGGCGACGAUGAACAUGCCGUUGGUUUUAUUGGCAGUGGGCACAAGGAGGUGAGAAAUGGUGGUAAAAGGAGCAGAGUGCUGAAGCAGAGAGCAGAUUUAAUAUAGUAACAUUAACAGUGUAUUUAAUUGACAUUUCUUUUUUGUAAUGUGACAAUAUGUGGACAAAGAAGAAGAUGCAGGUUUAAGAAGUUAAUAUUUAUAAAAUGUGAAAGACACAGUUACUAGGAUAACUUUUUUGUGGGUGGGGCUUGGGAGAUGGGGUGGGGUGGGUUAAGGGGUCCCGUUUUGUUUCUUUGGAUUUGGGGUGGGGGGUCCUGGCCAAGAACUCAGUCAUUUUUCUGUGUACCAGGUUGCCUAAAUCAUGUGCAGAUGGUUCUAAAAAAAAAAAAAAGAAAAAGAAAAAGAAAACGUGUGCAUUUUGUAUAAUGGCCAGAACUUUGUUGUGUGACAGUAUUAGCACUGCCUCAGUUAAAGGUUUAAUUUUUGUUUAAACCUAGAAGUGCAACAACAGUUUUACCACAGUCUGCACUUGCAGAAGAAAGAAAAAAAUUCAAACCACAUGUUUAUUUUUUUUUGCCUACCUCAUUGUUCUUAAUGCAUUGAGAGGUGAUUUAGUUUAUAUGUUUUUGGAAGAAACCAUUAAUGUUUAAUUUAAUCUUAAUACCAAAACGACCAGAUUGAAGUUUGACUUUUAUUGUCACAAAUCAGCAGGCACAAGAACUGUCCAUGAAGAUGGGAAAUAGCCUUAAGGCUGUUGCAGUUUACUUCCAAGUUUAGAAAGCAGAAUGCUUUGUUUUCACCAGAUUCACCAUUAGAGGUUGAUGGGGCAACUGCAGCCCAUGACACAAGAUCUCAUUGUUCUCGAUGUAGGGGAUUGGUAGCACACAGGCGGCCACAUUAGAAUAGUCACACAAACUGUUCAGUGUUGCAGGAACCUUUUCUUGGGGGUGGGGGAGCUUCCCUUUUCUAAAAACGCAAUGCACUACAACUAUUUUAAGAAUGUAGUUAACUCUGCUUAUUCAUAAAGUCGGCAUCUUCUGUGUUUUAGGUGUAAUAUCGAAGUUCUGGCUUUUCUCGUUUUCUCACUUGCUCUCUUGUUCUCUGUUUUUUUAAACCAAUUUUACUUUAUGAAUAUAUUCAUGACAUUUGUAAUAAAUGUCUUGAGAAAGAAUUUGUUUCAUGGCUUCAUGGUCAUCACUCAGCUCCCCUAAGGAUGUUACCGUCUCAGAAAAGGAUCAGGACUCCAUGUCACAGUCCUGCCAUCUUACUUUCCUCUUGUCGAGUUCUGAGUGGAAAUACUGCAUUAUGGCUGCUUUAACCUCAGUCAUCAAAAGAAACUUGCUGUUUUUUAGGCUUAAUCUUCUUCCUUUGUGGUUAAUUUUCCUAUAUAUUGUGAAAAUGGGGGAUUUUCCCUCUGCCCCCACCCACCUAGACACAGCAGCCAUUUGUACCUGUUUGCUUCCCAUCCCAGUUGGCACCCACUCUGGCCUCUUGUCAGUUUCCUGUUCCUGGUUCCGUGUUUUUGAAAAAGGCCCUCCUUUGAGCUACAAACAUCUGGUAAGACAAGUACAUCCACUCAUGAAUGCAGACACAGCUGCUGGUGGUUUUGUGUAUACCCGUAAAGACAAGACAAGCUGAGAAGCCUUACUUUUUGGGGAAGUAAAAGAAGAUGGAAAUGGAUGUUUCAUUUGUAUGACUUUGGAGCAGUGCCGAAGGCCAAAGCCGCCUACUCGUUUGUGGUUAACCUAGAGAAGGUUGAAAAAUUAAUCCUACCUUGAAAGGGAUUUGAGGUAGGCUGGAUUCCAUCGCCACAGGACUUUAGUUAGAAUUAAAUUCCUGCUUGUGAUUUAUAUCCAUGUUUAGGCUUUUCAUAAGAUGAAACAUGCCACAGUGAACACACUUGUGUACAUAUCAAGAGAAGAAGGAAAGGCACAGGUGGAGAACAGUAAAAGGUGGGCAGAUGUCUUUGAAGAAAUGCUCAAUGUCUGAUGCUAAGUGGGAGAAGGCAGAGAACAAAGGAUGUGGCAUAAUGGUCUUACAUUAUCCAAAGACUUGAAGCUCCAUGUCUGUAAGUCAAAUGUUAUACAAAAAAAAUGCAAAUGGUGUUUCAUUGGAAUUACCAAGUACUUAGAACUUGCUGGCUUUCCCAUAGGUGGUAAAGGGGUCUGAGCUCACACUGAGUUGUGCUUACCCUGCUUGUGCAGCUCCAGGCACCUGGUGGGCAUUCUCGUGGUGUUUGUGGUGAACUGAAUUGAAUCCAUUGUUGGGCUUAAGUUACUGAAAUUGGACCACCCUUUGUCCUUCUCGGCGGGAGCUUCCUGGUCUGUGCUUUACUUGGCUUUUUUCCUUCCCAUCUUAGCCUCACCCCCUUGUCAACCAGAUUGAGUUGCUAUAGCUUGAUGCAGGUACCCAGUGAAGUUUCUCCAUAAAAGAUUGGGAGUCGUUGAAAUGUUUAGAUUCUUUUAGGAAAGGAAUUAUUUUCCCCCCUUUUACAGGGUAGUAACUUCUCCACAGAAGUGCCAAUAUGGCAAAAUUACACAAGAAAACAGUAUUGUAAUGAUACCAUUACAUAUGGAACAUUGAACUGUUAGAGGAGUGCUCUUCCAAACGAAACAAAAAUGUCUCUAGGUUUAGUCAGAGCUUUCAUAAGUAAUAACCUUUCUGUAUUAAAAUCAGAUUAACCCUUUCUGUAUUGAGUGCAGUGUUUUUUACUCUUUUCUCAUGCACAUGUUAUGUUGGAGAAAAUGUUUACAAAAAUGGUUUUGUUACACUAAUGCACACCACUUAUUUAUGGUUUAUUUUAAGUGAUUUUUUAUGGGUUAUUUAGGUUUUCGUCUUAGUUGUAGCACACUUACCCUAAUUUUGCCAAUUAUUAAUUUGCUAAAUAGUAAUACAAAUGACAAACUGCAUUAAAUUUACUAAUUAUAAAAGCUGCAAAGCAGACUGGUGGCAAGUACACAGCCCUUUUUUUUGCAGUGCUAACUUGUCUACUGUGUAUUAUGAAAAUUACUGUUGUCCCCCCACCCUUUUUUCCUUAAAUAAAGUAAAAAUGACACCUA